UUAACGCUAUAAUAACUGUUGGUCUUAUAAAAAUGCCAUCUCUUCGUCAAGCCCUAUUACUGUCUUCCUCGAACUGUCACGGUUAUUCUAUGUUGGAAUUUGCGAAACAAGAAAUAUGCUCCUUUCUGGAAAAAAACAACGUAAAAGAAUUGAUUUUUAUACCAUAUGCUCAAAACGACUUUCAUGGAUAUACAGCAAAAAUUAAAGAAGUAAUCGACCCUUGGGGUUUUAACGUCACAGGUAUACAUUCUUACCCUGACCCAGCAAAUGCUGUGAAUUCUGCUAAAGCUAUUUUCAUGGGAGGGGGCAACACAUUUUUGCUCCUAAAAAGAUUGUAUGAAAAUAAUUUAGUUGAACUCAUUAGAACUAGAGUCAAUGAAGGCAACUUAGCAUACAUGGGCAGCAGUGCAGGCACAAAUGUGGCAACAAAAAGCAUACACACGACUAAUGAUAUGCCCAUAAUCUAUCCUCCCACAUUUGAUGCAAUCAAAAUCGUUCCUUUCAACAUCAAUCCACAUUAUAUAGAUAGAGUUGAAAGUGACAAACAUAAAGGUGAAACAAGAGAUCAAAGAAUCUAUGAAUAUAUGGAAAUGGAUCACUGUUCUCCAGUUCUCUGUUUGAGAGAGGGAUCAAUGCUGCUGCUUGAUGGAGACACUUUGGCUGUCAAGGGUGUGGCUGGUGCUACACUAUUUUUGAAAGGCCAGAAGAAGACUGAUUAUCCUGUUGGAGCUGAUGUAUCUUUUUUACUAAAUGAAGAUAAAGACAUAGUGUGAUUCAAAGUUUAUAUAUUGUUUAUAUAUUUUUUGCUUCAAUUAAGCGAUGUAACCAUUGAUUUACAAAAUGUAUUAUGCAGAUAUAUUGCCAAAUAUAUGCAAAUUAUGUUUUCAAUAAAAAUUAAUUGGUAAUAGAAAAACAUGGUGCAGAAACAUCACAUAACACAAGGAAGAACAUGAACAAAGUCACAUUAAAAAUAAUCAACAUGCUAAGUCUAUUGAAGAUCACUUAGAUAAUACAGUCCAAGGUGGUGGGUGACAUGGAAAAUCAACCCUUUUCCACUUUUAAUGUUUGUAUGGAUAGUCAGUCACACUAGAAUCCGCCAAAAGGAUGUUCAUGGUGGUAUUGCACAUUGUUUUAUGGCCCAGGUAGACCCUGGAAUCUUCGUCAGCCAGUGACCGGCGCCUGCAAGAGCAGCGCCCGUGCGGCGUGGAACAGCGCCGGCUGCGGAGCGGCGCGCGUCUGCCCCGAGCGCUCCGCCGCCGGCAGCUGGCACAGGUACCGGCGCAGCGCCAAGUCGCGUCUCGCGCUCAACCCGCGAGUGAUCUCACACCCGGAACCAAAUAACAACGCACGUUGCCGCUUUCGCUUUUGAAUCGCUACCUAUAAAGUCAAAAUUGAAAUAAGUGAACCUAACAUUCGAUAUUGUGAAUGCCAGAAAUUUAUAACUCAUUGUUCAGAUUGCAAUUACAAUACCUUAAUAAAUACAAAUUGAUUGUUAUGGAAAAAAUAAAUCAUUUUUCACAUAUUAUAUAAUACAUUCACAAA